GGUCGAACAUACGUUUGAAAUUCGCUUUGUGGCAUCGUCGCGGCCGCGCCGAUGGUGUUGUUAAAGCGUGGGUGCAUGUACAAGCAAGGGUCUGGCGCCGGGUUCUUUCAGCGCAAGAACUGGAAGAAGCGGUACUUUGUGCUGACACAGGAUGAUCUGCGCUACUUCGAUGAAGAGCAGGGCGUGUUGAAGGGAUGCUUGGAUCUGUCCGAGUGCACCAAGGAAUCGCUCGAGACUCUUCCCUCAGACGUGGUAAACAAUACGCCAACAUCGUGGUGUUUGGCGAUCAGGACGCCGUCGCGUCGCUUUAUCAUGUCAUUUGCGACCGAAGCUGACAUGCACGGGUGGGCGUUUGCGUUCCUGGAAGCGUUCAAGAUGAAUGAAGACAGUGGGCGAAACACUUAUGUGGUAGAUGGCCGAUUGCGCGGGCUGGUCAAGGAGCAAAAGUUAAGGAAGCACGGCAGUCUCUCAAAGCUGAAAAUGACCCCGCACAACCAUGCUGCAUGAUGUGCUCGCGAAUAUGAAUUGAUAACGUAUUUUUUCCAACUCAA